AUGUCAGAACCAAUUCCGAUCAGACGAUUAGUCCCAAGACCACUAGACUCGUCAAUACCCGUUGCUCAUAAUCGAGCCCUCAUCCCAUCUAAUCGUGUUCCAUUUCCAACGCAACGCAUAUAUGCAGUCUCUGCUUUUGUCCUUCUCCAAACUAUAAAAGCAUAUGAUAUUUUCAUUACCUAUACGGCAUCCUAUCCUGAACAAUAUAGUGGAUUUAUGCUGAAAUGGUGGCUUUUCGAUGUAGCAUAUCUAAUCGCCUUGUGGAUUGUAAAGAUCCCAUGGUUACAGUUCAGUACGUUCAAAACUAUAUUACUCUCAUUAAGUAUCAUGGCCCUGGAUGCUGUAAUCUUCGAGAUCCCUGUAAUGGCAAUUAUAACUACUUUAUUCAGUGUUACGUAUGGUGAGAUGUUUGGUGAACAGCUCGGAGCCUCGAAAGCAAAGAUGGUGAAUGUUAAAGAGGUUGUAUCAAAAUCACCUCAUAUUCUCGGUCAACAUAUUGUUCACUUUCUUCCAUACGGAACCGCAAAAUUGAACUACCAAGACGAAGUAUACUGCCUGGCUCCAGAAGAUAUUGGACAUAAAUAUAUACACAUUCCGGUUAUGCUCAACAACACUAUCCCGAAAAAGGUAAUCCUGUCCCGGAUGGAUUUUGACCAAAAGGCACACCGAGCUAUGCAUAUCGAAGGAAAAGACUUGUACCGAGCAACAGAAGUCGGACAAGAGAAGAAAGGUGUCGAACUAUAUUACAUUCGGGUACAGAAACCCGGUGUCUAUAAAAUUGAGAGCAUUGUGAGCCAAGACGGAUCAGAUGUGCGACUUUACAACAGACAGGCAUAUGUGUUCACUUGUCCAACUGCCCAAUUGGUUCCAAAGCCACGAUAUGACUACUGUAGUGGGGAAAAGGAAAGACUUCAGAUUCGUAUCGAAGGUGUUCCUCCGUUCAAGGUGACAUAUAUAAGACGUGUUGGAGGAGACGUCAAAGUGCGCACUGUGGACAGAGUCCAGCCCGAUAAUUUCGACUCUCCACUGAUGAAAAUUUCUGGUGGAUUAAAAGCCGCAGAUCCAACGUUUUUCCAACCUCAGGCACAUUCAGACUACAGCUGGGCAACCAAGCAGCGGGUCUCUGUUGAUCUAGACCUAAUCUUUGAAAAUGCAGUCAGACACGAGUUUACUGUCAUAAGUAUCAUUGAUGGUGCAGGCAAUGAAGUGAAGCUUGGAGAAUCGGUUAAGCAGAUCUUUGAUGUACACGCUCACCCAACUGUUCAGUUUGGAUGCAGCCCCACUAACCCAGUCCAACUUCUCAUUGGCGCCGAGAAAGUUAAAAUCCCACUCAAACUGGAAGGUUCUCCUGAUUGGAAUGUCACUUACCAAUUUACACCCGAAAAUGAUCCUAGCAAACCUCAAGAGCCACAAACAAAAUUAGUUAGUCUGGAUCAAUUCAGCCUCGAUGCUUCUUCAACCGGUGAAUACAGGCUUUUGAAUGUAGUUGAUAAAUACUGCAAGGGAAAUAUACUAUUUCCCUCUACAUGUCAGGUUGUCCAACCACCUUUACCAUAUGCUCUUGUCCGCCACGACUCGAUUCCGUCAGAUUGUGCACCAAACAGCGAGAUUGGCAUGCGAUUCAUUGUAGAACUCAAGGGUGCUCCUCCAUUCCACCUGGAGUACAAAGUAUUGAAACAGACUCCCAAUGGUCCAACUGUUGUUGAGCACAAAAGAGAGAAGGUUGACCAGUCCCGUCAUAUUUUCACGUACAUGCCUGUUAACAGUGGUGAAUACAUCUACGAAUUCACUUCUCUUGAUGAUGCAAUCUACAAGAGACAAGAUCCAAAAAUCAAACCCAUCAAGCAGAUUGUACACCCUCAACCAAGCGCAAAGUUCUCUAAAUCAGUCCAUGGAAAUAAUAUGCUGCGUACCUGCAUUGGUGAUGAUAUCAAUCUUGACGUCGAACUGACCGGAACUGGUCCUUUCACACUCUUCUGGAAAUUCGGAAAGCAGGCUUACUCUGAAGUUGUCGACAGUAACAAACACACAAUCAAUAUUCCCCACAUAGACAAACCUGGAAAAUAUGUUGUUUCUUUAGAAAAGAUUCAAGAUUCAAAUAAUUGUGUCAAGGAACUAGAGGCACGCGACGUAGUAAUUGAUGUCCGUAAAGAUCGUCCCACUGCAUCAUUCUAUGCGGAUAGCAUCAAGGGUACUACAGUGGAGGUUACUGAAGGCACGGUUGUCAAACUUCCCUUGCGUUUGACAGGUGAGGGACCUUGGAAGGUUACAUAUCGUAAUGUGGAAUUGGACGGACCUGAUUAUCGUUCUACGGUUGCAUAUUCACCCAACGAACCCCUGCCGGUACGCGAGGCUGGUCACUACGAACUUCUCAGUGUGGAAGAUUCGAUUUGUCAGGGUACUGUAUUCCGACCAGACUAUUUCAUUGAGUGGGCUAGCCGACCUACGCUGUCUAUUCCUAAUGAUCGUAAGGAUGUGGAACAAGGUGGUUAUAUACAUCCUCCUGUUUGUAAAGGCACUGGAGAUGCACUUGAUUUGCAGUUCAAUGGCCAUGCUCCUUAUUUUGCAUUCUACAAUCGUUUCCUGAUACCUACCGGAAGUAAUACUAGAGAGUUUAUUGGUAAAGAUAGAAUUAGCUCUGGCCUGUCGAGAAGCCACCUUCCUCUUAAUACCCAAAGAAGCGGCAACUACACAUACGAAUUCUUCCAACUUUCGGAUCAGCGAUACAGCGAGCCUCUUACGAUUGCUCCAUUGAUUGUGACCCACGAAGUGUAUGAGAACCCUACCAUAAGAUUUGGUCCCAAUCGAAACGAUAUGAAUCUGUGUGUUGGAGAGAAACUUGAUACUGUGGAUCCUCCUAUCUGGAUAUUGUUAACGGGAGAAGCUCCCUUUACUAUCACUCUGGCGUUGAAACACCAGUCGACCCCACAUCACAAAAUACAGAAGAUUGAAAACAUUAUGGAGAACAAGUAUGAGCUUAAGUUGCCUAUCGAUGCUGAGAAUCCUGGAAAAUACAUCAUUGAGCUCGUGAGUGUGUCCGAUUCGCAUGGCUGUACUGGAAUGGCACCCAAACUGGAUGCAACAAUGCAGAUCGAAGCCCUUGAUAUCCCUGUAAUAACCCCUGUUGAGACUUGUCCUGAUGUUUGUGUUGGUGAAACAGUUAAAUUCAGUUUGACAGGACGUCCUCCGUUUACAAUCGCUUACGAAUUCAACGGUCAUAUUGAGACUGUCAAGAGUACUACUUCAUCCUUCACCAUGCUUGCUGACGCACCCGGAAACUUGACAGUGGUCUCUAUUGGUGAUCAACGCAACCAAUGUCGUUCAUUCCCCAAUGAUGUUACCAAAUUCUUCCAUGAGAUUCCUCGCUCUCUCAUCAGUGGUGGAAAGGAAAUUAUUGAGAGCAUUAAUGAAGGUGAUAUGGUUCAGGCUGUGGUAGAUCUUGUGGGUACACCGCCAUUCAACUUUGAAUGGCAAAGAAGUGAAUUGAUCUGGAAUAUCAAAACAAACAAGCACCAUAAGGGCCGUGUACUUGAGAAACACUAUGUUGAAAAUGUUGAAGACUACCGCUACUACAUUAAUACAUCCACUGAGGGCAUCAUAGAAAUUACCAGCAUCAAAGAUCGUUUCUGUCAAUAUCCUCGGAUAGCAUAA